AUGCGCUUUUCGUCAGAUAAACAUUUUUUAAUAUUUCUAAUUAAGAAUCACCGAGAAGACAUUAUCCCAGCUCUCCUUAAAUCACCUUACAUAGUGUAUAAAUUAUAUGAAGUUGGAUUUUCCACUAAUCCCUGCUUACGGGACGAACAACAAUUGUCUGCCCUUUUCUAUACUCUCUGCUUGAAACAUUCGGACCUGUUGUAUUUCUUGUAUGACCAUGCUGUGAAUACGGCUUUUUUGUAUGAUAUAUUUUUGUUUGAUACAGAUUCUUCAAUUCAAUCACCGAAUUCAGUUAUAGUAGACAAUUUAAUUGCAAUUAAAGAUGAAUUAAAUUCUUUACGAGAUAAAUUCAUGAAGUACGUCCUGGUAAUUGAGAGGGCUAUCCAAGUUUUGGGAGAAAGCGUAAAAGAGGCUGGUCCCGAGUUCAACUCAAUUCAGAACACAAUGCGCUAUAGCUUACCAAUCGAACUCGUACAAAGUGUGAAAAGGAUUAGAGACAGCUUGUCUCACAUACAGGUCGCGGAAAUAUCGUAUCGAUUGAAUGCAGAGGGAAAUAGGAAACUAUUCUUUUCCGUACAACAAGAACUACUGAAAUUGCAUCACCUUCUGGAACCUUUAUUUUCCGCACAGAAAUAUGCAUCUGAACAAUUUAUACUCGACGUAUCCCUUGAAGCAGUGGAUAGAUCUCGGAAAGGACCCAUUCCAGAAAAUUUUUCGGCAAUAAAAUUGCCUUAUUUAUUGAUGGAAAAAGAGGGAGAUGAAGAUGUAGAAGAUAGCCAUCAUUUUGAAAACAAGUGGCAAUUUUGCUUGAAAUCAAUUCAUGAAAAACUUAUACUUGAAAAAAACCUUUCUAACAAGAACCGGAAUACCUUAAAAGAGCAAAGCAGGCACGAUUUUCAUUAUCUUUUGAAAAAUAUUUUAAGCUCCAUGAAAAAGGAACUCGAGAAAUUUGAAAAGAAUUGCCAAAACAGUAUCGAGGACAAAAAUGGAUUGGCACAGCAUUACGAAGCCGUUUCAUAUUUUAUGAAAUAUUUAGCUACAGAUAAAGAACUUGCAGUAUAUAAGGAAGAAAUUUCAAACAUAUUACUACACGGUCAAUUACUCUUUUAUGCACCCAUAGAGGGAAAAGCAGAGCCAAAUCGAAGCAAAAUCAAGCCAAAUAUUCAAGAGAAAGAGCAAAACUAUGUUUCAUUGUGUCAUAGCAUGUUUUGGCCGAUGGAAGGAGAAAACGUUAUAGAUACAGUUUCAAAUGUAGCAUAUUAUUUCAAGAAGGAAAAAAAUACAAGUUCUCUAUCUCAUGAUGAUAAGACUCACUUGAAUAUUUCAUCAGAUAACAAAGAAUUCGCUGAUUGGCUUUUUAAAGUAGAGGAUAUUGUAAAUCGAAUUGAAAGUGCAUCUCAGAGAAACUCUUUAGAUGUAGAACAUCAAAAUGGUGAAGGAGAAAUGUUUACGAACAUAAGAAAACUUAAGUUAUUUUUAAAAGGGCAUCCAUUUUUGACUGAGAAAGAAGAAUCCAAAAUAAAACAAAAUGUCUCGGAAGAAUUUAAGCAUGUCCAUCGUGUCAAAGCUCUAUUCAAAAGCGGCAUUAAUAAUUUAAGUUUUGAAACUAUCAAGAAGGAAAUUGGGAAACUGCAUUUAACUGAAAGCAAAAGAUUGGAAUUGCUGGAAGAUUUUCAAAGCGAGCCCCGUAAUGCUUUUGACUACAUUGAAAAAAUGCCCGAUUACUACACUGAACUUACUGUUGCAAUAGAUGAAGGGGAAAUAGAUAGUAGUAAGUGCGAUAUGGUUUGUCGGAAACUUCAGUUACCGGAGGAAUGUCAAACGAUUUUUAAAAAACUGAUCAAAGGGAAAAAUCAAAAAAUGUCAGGAGAUAUACUAAAAUUUCUUAGAAGUAGAAUUCUUAUUCUGAGAAAAUUAUUAAUUGAUGAUAAUCCAGAUGUCAAGAUACUGUACGAAAGAGCAAAGAGUAAAAGAACCAAGGCCCUUAUUCUUGAGAAGUUAGUUCAUUUGUAUCAUAGUGAUUCCGAAUUUCAAGCUUCGCUUGAAAUGGUUUUGUUCGAUUGUAUGAACAUAUUGGAAACAAAAAAGCUGAAAAAACUUUGGAAAAAGACAUUUAAUUUGUUCAGUGGUAUAAAUAUUCGUAAUGUGUUGGGACACGGAAAUCCACUUCUGGAAUCUUCGGGCAAACUUUUGGACCCUGAUGAUUUACCCACAGAAUUAAUUCGACAAAUGAUGCAAUUCUUAUCUGAUUACGAGGCUAUUGAUGCCAUGGUGGAAAUUUUGAACAAGAAGAAAACUGAUUUUGACGGCUUCAUAGAUAUCAUGGAAUGUAGUGAGGAAACAGAACUGAUAAAUUUAGUAAAAAAUAUUAGAAAAUGUGAGAGAUGGAAAAAGUAUGCAAUGCUUAUUCCAAGGAAAUGGAACAAGAAGUAAAAAUUCAAAAAAUGAAUGAAUUAUUUAAAUUAAUUCACUCAUACAUUUUCCAAAUUCAUGAAUCGUAUGAAGCAGAAAUAAAUUGAAUUUAAAAAAUAUAAAACGCAAUGGAUAUUUUAAGAACUUUGAUGGU